AUGGCGGGUGACACUCAGGCUCUCACGGGAGCGACGAUCUUGCCCGCGCUGGACGAACCGGUUGCCUUGUCGAUACCGGCUAUCUUGCUCAAUCGGACCAAACGGACCAACGUCGAGUCAGUCAAGCUUCCCACUCGCAAUCGUCGGGAAGAGAAAGAACGCGGAUUGACAGGCUCGCGUCAUCGUCGGAGGCGAUAUGAGAACGUGACGCUCGCUCACAAUCCUCAUGCUGUGCCUGCCAUGGCGCAAGAUAGAUAUCCGACUUUGCCGCAUGCGCGCUCGUUCCCCGCGCCGAGUCCGGCAGGCUUCAAGUCGCAGCAGAUCUUGCCAAGUCAGGCUGCACCGGAUCUCGAUCUGCACUCGGCCGAUAUGGGACGCUUCCAUGCUCCGCUCAAAGGCAUCCAUAGAACGUUCAAGCGCCUCAUAGGACCCGAAGAAGGACAAGGCGGAUCGAUAGAGGACAGCAUACGAACGAUACAGAACGAAAUUGAGCAAUGGCUAGAUGGGUCUCAGGUCUUUCGUGCGGCAUCUGUCGACGACUCGAGCAACCUGCGACGUAUAUGCUUGUGCACAGAAUCAGCCGGCGAAUCGCAAUAUAUACAAGAGGUCUCGCGCACACCGUACAAUCUUGUCUGGGAGCUCGCGCCCUUCAACCGCUUCUUGGUCCAUUGCACAGCGCGAUACUAUCGCGUCCCGUCGUUCACCAAAACCGACGUGCAGGGUCGUCAAGUCGUCUACCUGCUUUGGCCAUCCAUCGGUACCUCUGCACAGAAGAAGAACGCGAUCUAUACACCUUCUGCUACCGAUCUAUCGUCAGACGCAGCUUCGGACCAUGAUGCAAUGUCUUCUAGCUUCCUCUCUGACGCUUCAGCAGACGCGUCUCGUGUUGACGCACCUUUACCGGAUAGACGACCGGCAUGGGACGAUAGCUCAGCAAGACGUCGGCAAACGAGCGGUCUGCUUCCAUUAAAGCUCGGUCGAGCGCCGAGCGCAAUCAGUGAAGAGCAUGACGGCGAUCAGAGCGACCUGGGCUCCACAGAUGACGAUAUCUCCCACUUGGCUCUUUCUAUCACUUCGCUCAGCGUCGAUGGCGAUCCAGACGAGACGUUACAGGCACCAGAGCGUGCCGUCUCACCGGUACGCUCGGCUUCACCUUGCAAGAUGGUCUCGGGCAAGAUCACUCAGAUACCGACCAGACGGACACAGCUAUGGUCAUUACCAACAGUCGGAUUCAUAGAGUGGGUACGUGCAUGA